AUCGACGUUUGGCUUUCCGUGUCUCUGGGAAGUUCACUUUCCUUGGCUUAGUCUGGCUUGAGUGUGUGUCAUGUGAUCAUCAAGAUGACCAUAAGUAAAGAUCCCGAAAAGGCUCAAGCAAAUGGGACGGUUCGAGCCCCGUCGCUCAAAAGGUCAUCCAGGACGAACAGUCAUGAAUUUGAAACUGUUCGCCCAGAACAAAGGGUGCUCACACCGGAUGAAAAGCUCUAUUUGCUCAAUGUUGAGCGAGGAGAUGUGCCCAAUGUCAAAAAGACGGUUGCAGCUUUGCGUGGAAAAAAGAACAUCUUUGACAUCAAUAGCGUUGACCCUUUGGGCAGAAGCGCCUUGAUCAUUGCCAUUGAGAACGAGAACCUGGAAAUGAUGCAGUACCUCCUUGAGGCUGGCAUUGAGACCAGGGAUUCAUUGUUGGUGGCAAUCCGAGAAGAUUAUGUGGAUGGCGUGGAUGCGCUUCUUCGCCAUGAAGAGGAAACCCACAAGUCUGGUACUCCAUACUCUUGGGAACAGGUGGAUCAAGUGACUGCCAAUUUCACAUCCGAUAUUACUCCCCUAAUUUUGGCAGCUCAAAGAAAUAACUAUGAGAUCUUGAAAAUGCUUUUGGACCGAGGUGCCACCAUCCCUAUGCCUCACGAUGUGAAAUGUAGUUGCGAUGAUUGCGUGGAAGAAAGCACUGUCGACUCCCUCAGGUUCAGCCUGUCGAGAAUCAACGCCUACAAAGCUUUGGCCAGUCCAUCUCUCAUUGCUUUGAGUAGCAAAGAUCCAAUCCUGACAGCUUUUGAAUUGAGUAACGAGUUGAAGCGCUUGGGUGUAAUGGAGUCCCAAUUCAAAGAGACUUACGCUACGUUGAGGAAGCAAGUCCAAGAGCUAGCCACUGGUUUGGUUGAGCAAGCCAGAACCAGCUACGAGCUAGAGGUCAUGUUGAACCACAAUCCAUCAGGAGAGCCCUGGAUUCCCGGCGAAACACAAACUCUGGAGCGACUUAAACUGGCGAUUGACUCCAAUCAAAAGAGUUUCGUCACUCAUCCGAGUGUCCAACAAUUAUUGGCCGCUAUUUGGUACGAGGGCUUGCCUGGAUUCCGUCGUCUUCACAUUAUAAAACAAGUGACCCUAGUCAUUAAGAACGCUUGCAUGUUUCCCAUUUACUCCAUGUUCUAUGUGGUUGCGAAGAAUAGUUCGUAUGGAAAGUUCGCUAGCAAGCCUUUCGUGAAAUUCAUCAACAACUCGGCUUCCUACAUGUUCUUUCUUUUCCUCUUGGCCUUGGCAUCUCAGAGGGCUGAUCAGAUUACCAUUGAUAUCAUUGUGCUUGUGAUUCCUGGGACCGAAUGGCUGGCGGAGAUGAAAGCUGGCUGGAUCAAGCAUGAAAGGGGGUCUUUGCCCACUGUCAUUGAAAUGGCUGUCAUUCUGUGGGUGAAUGCUCUGCUUUGGAAGGAGAUUAAAGCGGUCUUCCGAGAAGGGCUUCUUGAAUAUCUCUCUAAUAUGUGGAACAUUGCAGACAUCGCCAGCUACGGAGCGUUUAUGAAUUGGAUUGGACUAAGAGUCUUAUCGUUCAUUAUGGUCCAAAAGGAAGUUUGGGAGGGAAAACCCGCCGAUGAGAUAUGGAUCCCUCGGAGCCAGUGGGGAGCUUUUGACCCUCACUUACUCAGUGAAGGGAUGUUUGGGGCGGGUAUGAUUUGCUCUUUCCUGAAAUUGAUCCAUAUCUUCAGUAUCAAUCCCUACCUGGGACCACUUCAAGUGUCUCUGGGCAAAAUGGUCAUUGAUAUCGCGAAAUGGCUAGUAUUGUACGUUUUGGUGUUGUUCUCAUUCGGUUGCGGAUUAAAUCAAUUGCUAUGGUACUAUGCCGAUCUGGAACGGCAGCAAUGCUACAGCCUCCCUGGAGGACUACCUGAUUUUGAUGAAAACGGGGAUUCUUGUGUCAUGUGGAGACGAUUUGCAAAUCUAUGGGAAACCUCUCAAUCCCUUUUCUGGGCUGGUUUUGGUCUGGUGGAACUCGGUGACUUUGAUCUAAAAGGAAUCAAAGAAUUUACAAGAUUUUGGGGAUUGUUGAUGUUUGGAAGUUAUUCGGUUUGCAACAUUAUUGUGCUAUUGAAUAUGCUGAUUGCCAUGAUGUCCAAUUCUUAUACCAUCAUAUCAAGUCGAUCGGAUAUCGAAUGGAAAUUUGCCAGAAGCAAAUUGUGGAUCUCUUACUUUGACGAGGGUGGAACUGUAGCUGCCCCAUUUAACUUGAUCCCAAACACUCGAACUUUCAAGAGGUUCAUGUUUUGGAAAAAGAGAGGGUGUGACUUAGCCACGGCCGACGAAAAGAAGAAAGCAGACAACAGAUACUACGGGGUGGUUCGUUGUCUGGUAAGGCGUUACAUUACAGAAGAGCAGCGGAAAUCGCAAGACUUCAAUAUAACCGAAGAUGAUAUCAACGAAGUUCGCCAAGACAUCAACUCUUUCCGCUACGAACUCAUCAACAUCUUGAAGAUGAACGACAUGAAAACCCCCCAAAUGAAAAAUGAGAACACUGUCAUGGGAAGGAAGUCAAAAGACCUGGAAAGAAUGAUCCAAAAGGGAUUCCAAAUGGCCACACCUGAGGCCAUUAUGGAAAACGCAUUUUCUCAACAUAUUGGAAAUAAACCGAAGGAUAUUUUCAAGCGGAUUGCCAAGGCAGCUGCCAAGAAGGGCGAAAAGAAGGACUGGAACGAUCAAGUGAAGAAGAGCUCCAUUAAAAGUGAUCCCAUCGGAAGCUCACAAAUUUCCAUUCGAAAGAGAAAUCAGUCUUUAAGACGAUCACUUUUGGCUAGAGGUAAUUCGAAGGAUGAAAUCGAUGUCUGUUUGAAGCAAUUGAGCUCCGAGCAAUUGGUGUCUUACAACCCCAAAUUGGUUGACUACACUCCAGCCACAAGGAUCGCGUAUGCCAAAUUCAAAAGCCGAUUGGACCAGAUCAAAGAGCCAGAUGUAGAGGAAAGCACAACAAAACCAGAUGAACUGGAAGUGGCCACUAGAAUCACGUUGGAAAAUGAAUCAAUCUCCAAGAUGCCAGCAGAGCCACCGAAGAAGCCCCCUCGAGAUCCAGAACUAGUGAAAGCAUCCUCUCCCAUAAAGAGUGCAACAACGAAACUCGAAAAUGAGACAUUGGCAACAUCCAGUAGUUCAGCUCCCGAUUUGGUGCGAAAAGUAGAACCAAUGGCCCAAGAGGAAAUGAUCGAGCCAAUUCAACCAGAAAUAAUCCAAGUAUCGCCAAAGCAAAAGAUCGUUAAGGCAGAGGAUGUGAAGGUAGACCCAACAGAGUCUACGAGUGAUCUACCCGCAGAAGUCAUGGUACAGACCUCGCCUAAAAAGGAGACCUCGUUGUUAGGAAAUAUUGAAGUAGAAAUGGUCACGCUUCCAAAGGCUGAGCCCUUGAAAGUGGACCAAAAGAAUGCCACGCCUAUCACUUUGGCCCAAUUGGACACAGCACAAGCGGAGGGGGUAGAAUCUCGUGAGGAAAAGGAAAUCGCCCAAGAGGAGCCCGAAGAAGAGGAAGAAGAAGAGACCCGUUUUGAUCCGAAAGGAAAAUCGAUCAGUACAGGGCGAAAUAUCACUGGAUGGAUUUAGGUUUCAAAAACUUACCAUCAUCCGUUGCAUUUCUAAAUUGAUAAAUGGUAUCUAACAUAAAACAUACAUCGUUCACCUAAUCUUACCAUCUAACAUUGUUUUUUUGAAAAUAAAUAACAUUCAUCAAAAACGA